CUUACAACUCGAGUCCUCUAUCUCCUCCUAUACAACCUUCGAUCCCUGACACUUACAUAAUUCCCAGGACGACCUAAUGCUGGCACCCGACGCGACGUCGGUCAGUGUUGGUCCAGGCUGCCGCACGCCAUCAUGACCUGCUGUGACCAGAGAUGCGGGCUCAUUACAGGGACGGUGCUGGGCGCACUGAUCGCCGUGCUGGGGGUUAUUCUCAUCCCUGUGGGUAACCUUGUCAUUAAGAACACGGUGAACAAGGAAGUGGUGUUGGAAGAAGGGACUAUGGCGUUUGACACCUGGACAUCAGCGGACAUCUCAGUGUACAGGCAGUUCUGGAUAUUUGACGUGCAAAACCCUUAUGAUGUUCUCACUCAAGGGGCAAAACCAAAACUUCAACAGAAAGGACCGUACACAUACAAGACGCGUUUCAUCCCCAAAACAAACAUCACCUUCUAUGCUAACGACACCGUGUCCUUUGUGCUGCCGGCUGGGGCCAUCUUUGAUUCUAGCAUGUCAGUUGGAUCAGAAGAGGACGUUAUCACAUCCCUCAACCUAGCUGUAGCAGGUGUCUACAGUUUCCUCGAUCAUAAGUUGGCAAAUUGGUUCAUAAAUCGCUCAAAUUCUUCGCUCUUCCAGAACAGGACUGUUAGGGAACUGUUGUGGGGCUACAAAGACCCAAUGCUCAACAGCAUGCUUGGAGUUUUCUAUCCAUACAAUGGCACCAACGAUGGACCUUACACUGUAUUCACAGGCAAAGAUGAUGUCAAUAAGGUAGCCACGAUUGACCGCUGGCAGGGUGAAAAAUCUUUGAGUUACUGGAAUGACUCUUACUGCAACAUGAUCAACGGAACAGAUGGUGCAUCCUUUGCUCCGUUCUUAGACAAGAAAAAACCUCUGUCUUUCUUCUCCUCUGACAUCUGCAGGUCAAUAUCUACUGUAUAUGAAGGCACUGUAGAUCUGAAGGGUAUCGAUGUGUAUCGGUACGUGCUGCCUCCUGAGGCUCUGGAAUCUCCAGUGGUCAACCCAGAUAACCAGUGCUACUGCACAGACACUAUUGUCACCAAAAACUGCACUAUGGCAGGACUUCUUGACAUCUCUUCUUGUAGAGGAUCUCCAGUGUACAUCUCUCUACCCCACUUCCUCUAUGCCAGUGAAGAUAUCCUGCAUGGGGUGGAGGGACUGAGCCCGAGCUUUGAUGAGCACUCCAUAUUUAUGGACGUGGAACCAAUUACAGGGUUCACUCUGAGAUUUGCAAAAAGGCUUCAGCUCAACAUGUUGUAUGGCCCAUCAGAAGACAUCACAAUUUUGGACAAAAUCAAGGACAACACAAUCUUUCCUAUUCUGUGGGUGAAUGAGACUGCAAUUCUGGAUGAUGAAACGGCUGAUUUGUUCAAGAAAGAGCUGAUUUCACAGCUUGAUUUAUUGGAGGGACUUCAGAUUGGACUGAUAACGGCAGGCUCAAUCAUAUUUGUUCUCUGUUUGAUUGGGGUAAUUGUGGUGAGCAUGAAAACAACAUCAAAGAAUAAGAUGAUUGGUUAGUGGGAAUGUUUGGUGCUUUGUGUGUUUGAUUUUUGAUAAGUUUAUAUUGUCAUUUUAUUUAAGUUCAGAUAACUGCAAUUCUAUUUAUAUAAUUUUUAAUCUCUGCAUUUUUGUGGAGUAAAAUCAUUUCUUUAUGUUUUUGCUUGAUAUUGUAUCAAGUUCAACUUUCAGUUGUUAUCAGGGCAAAAUGCUGUAAUUCUGUGGUCAUACUGUGAUUAAUUUAAAUAUGGUAUAGUUUUGUAUGUCAGCACAGUUUCAGUCAAAUAAAGAACUGUUC